CAGCGCUUAGAGCCGGUCACUUGGUCACAAAGCCGUGUGUCGCAAGUUAUUCUUGAGUUGCUAAAAGUUUCCCUCAACAUCAACAUCUGACCAUCCAACUUCGUCGCAAGCUACCACGCAAUCUCUCUAGGCACCCACGAACCGAACAAUCAUAUUAUACCUACACGUCCGCCGAUAUGAUCAUUAUCCAUUGACUAGAUCCGUCGCUGUCGUCGAAUCGAAUGAAGCUUCACGCCAUUGAUUACUUCCAAUUCCUCUAGCUUGUUCGGCAACGGCCGGCACCCAACAUCAUGCGAAGAUGGCACCGUCUGACCUGGCACCUUUGAAUGCUACUCGUCCAUUAAAUAUUAAUGAAAUCUCCAAGAGAGCAGAGGCAUUCUCUUUUAAUCCGGACAUUCCAUUAACGUCAUGGCUGCGCACUGCAAAUACCCUGAAUCAAGAAGGAAGAAUCUACCUUCAAGAUGGCAACUUUGGCCAGGCUUACUUUCUUUACUUCCGAUACCUGCACUUACUGUUAAAUUAUCUCUCCUCACAUCCUGAUGCUAAAAGCCAGGAGGGGAAACGAGCCCUCAACGAGAUUAACAAGUCUAUCCCAGACAUCGUAACAAAUCUCGAAAAGAUAAGACCUAUCAUCAGGCGAGAGUAUGAUGAGUGGAGCGCAUCCGAAGCCAGAAGACAGCAACAACAGCGACGAGCUGACCGCAUCAAAUCCCCGUCGACAUACGAAGAAUACACUGUUCAAGAUCCAGCUCUUUCCUCAUCAAACCGAAUACUCGAUGCUGGCGACAACCAGGACUUGGCUGUGGAAUUGGCUCGGAAUGAGAUUCGACGCAGAGAUGCAAAUAGAAAAGCAACUAGACGAACCAAUGUCCCACCAGGAGAAGAGCAGACCAGGCGGACGGCAGGGUUUUGGGACAAUUGGACUGAUGACUUGGCCAAUAGACAGGCUGAAGAGGAAGAGCUGUUCAGGAGACAGAUGGAAUCGACGAGAAGGGAGUUGGAUCGAAGCGAUAUUCCCCAAAAGGAAUCGCGCCUUCCUGUGACUCAAGGGCAUUCAAGUUAUCGAUAUCCGUCUAUCACCAAGUCCCAACCAAUACAAUACGAAGCCUUGCAGCCAUACCGCAAACCUUCGCCCAGCCCGCAACCUCCGCGUCCACCCAAAGAAGGUAUUGCACAGGAGCUUGAACCUAGGCCAAGUUAUAUGCCCGAUCCUCUCACGCCUGAACUCCCGGGUGAAGAUCCAAUAUAUCGUGAAAGGAACUUCCUACUCCCUACGCCCCCGCCUAAGGAACAUGAAGACCCGCCGAUACCCCCAAAGGUACUUGAAGAUCCGCCACUACCUCCUAAAAAACAGCAACGACUCACGUUUAAGCCGGCGGCUUAUCUCGAGAGUGGGGAACCCAUCCGAUCGAUCUUCUUACCUAGUCAAUUACGACGCCAGUUCUUAUCCAUUGCAUCUGAGAACACCAAACGUGGGCUUGAGAUGUGCGGAAUACUGUGCGGAACCGCCGUUAACAAUGCGCUAUUCGUGCGUUGCCUACUUAUCCCCGAGCAGAAUUGUACUUCGGAUACGUGUGAGACGGAGAACGAGGGAAGUAUGUUCGAGUAUUGUAUGAAUGAAGACCUACUUGUGCUUGGCUGGAUUCACACUCAUCCAACUCAAACUUGCUUCAUGAGUUCCAGGGACUUGCAUACGCAGGCUGGGUACCAGGUCAUGCUACCGGAGAGCAUUGCGAUUGUGUGUGCUCCGAAGUUCCAACCUUCGUAUGGCAUCUUUCGUUUGACUCAUCCACCGGGCUUGGAUCACAUUCUUAACUGCAAACAAUCAGCUACAUUCCACCCUCACAGCGUAGACAAUCUAUACACAAAGGCACAGCACCCACCCGGUCAUGUCUACGAGACUGACAGGCUCGAAUUCUACGUACAUGAUCUGCGUCCAGGUGCCCGCAACAAUGCGGUACAACACAAGAACUUCUAGGAUAUGAUUUCUAAGAGAAUAGGUCGUGGUGCUCAAGCCUGCACGAUGUUCGUGUGUGCUCUUCUUUGCCUGUGUCCUUGGUGUGCACAAUGCUUGCUGAACCGGCAGACAAUGAGCCGAGUUAGCACCAAGACCAAAGAAGAUUGACUCAAAGGGUUUUACGUCUUCUACAUUCAAGCUUCCCAUUAAGCACUUGAUUUACUGGGCAUCGGCGGCCUUGGUACUGCAUAGCAUAGGCGCUCGGAGACUUCGGUUUGUUUGGGACUACAAGGUAGAAUCAUUGGCUGUGGUUGAUCGCACUAGCAGCCUCGAGACUUGAUUUUGCGAGGUUAGAGGGUAGAUUCGGAAGAGGUAGUAGAAGGAAGUAAUUCAAUUACAUUCCAACAGGAUCUAAUAUAUUGUGAAACGUUCACGUCUCCUAAUGAUUUGAGU